AUGCUCACGAGAAUUCGUGAGUCCGACAUGGCCAAGAGUGAAGCCUCUUCUCCUUCGACUCCACCUCUGGAAAAGCCCGGCAGUGCUUAUGCUGAAAGAUCUGCAUUCAAGAAGGCAUAUGCCAGGAAGAUGCUCCCACUGGUGGGUGAGAAGCCGAUCUUGGACUUUUCUGCUUACAAGGGGGCAUACCAGACCAAUGUCAAGGCCACCGAUGGCUUUUCCUUGGCACUAGCACAGGCAGAGGCACCAAGACGCAUCUACGCUGGACUAGAGCUCCCUGGUGUGCGCGGCUUGAAGCACCACGAGGCGGACCGCUGGCGACAAGGUAUUGGAGCUGGAUUUCAGCUGGAUCGCGUCAAGGAUGAAGACGAGAAGUCUGACCCUUUGAGAGAUCCUUGGGGCUGUGCAUUGGCUGGGAAGCAGCCUCUGGAUGAGGAGGAGAAGGUGGAUGAGGAGGAGGAGCGCUCGCCGCAGCCCAAACGCCGCCCAGCGCCACCGGUCAAGCCGCGCCCACCGGUCUCGCCGACCACGCCGGUCUCGCCGCCGGUGAAGGCGCCGCCCGUGUGCGCCAAGACGGCGCCACGGCCGAAGGCGCGGCCGGUGCCGCCUGGGCAGCCUGAGCAGCUUUUGGCCAAGGCACGGCCGGGUAGCCAAGAAGCUGACGACUGCGUGCCUGGACCAGGUGCUGUCAAGGUCGAACCAGAACCUCCAGGGCUUGUAAAGGCCAAAGCCAUGCCUCGCAAGCCUGAAGGUGCAAAUGGUGCAAACGGCCCUCCUGAGGAGGAAGCUGGUGAGAUUGGUGACAGGCAGAUGUCUUUGGCCGACCUUCCGCGACUGCUGGAAGAAGGCCAAGCUAAGGCGGAAGAUGAGGAAGUCGAGGAAGCCAAGCCCAAGGUAGAUGCGAAGGUGAAAGUGCCAGCCGCUGCCUUGCCACCGAUCCGCAAGCUGAUGGGCUUGGAGGAUGCACGCCUCAGUGAAGUGCAAAUGGAGCUUGUGAAAGAACUAGCAGGUGGCUCGAAGUUUCAUGAUCCAGCUCGUGAUCCUUCAGCAUACCGAAAACAAGCACAGAAUAUGUGCUUGAUAGAAGUUAGCCAGCUCAAGUUCUGUCACAAGGACAUUGGCCCGCGCUUUACCCACGGCAAGCAUCGUGGGCAGCCUGUGCUGAAGCUUCUCGAGGACCUUCAUGCGAGACGAAUCGAUGCUCAAGAGCUUGCUCCUUUGGUGGUGAUGCGCAACAAGGGAGGCUUGCAGGUUGUGUGCGGAAACAGGAGGCUCUAUUGCUUGAAGAGGUAUGCCCUCGAAGCAUCUCGCACAGUGGAUGCAUGGUGUGUCGUGUAUGACCUCAAAGCGAAGGACACUCCCCGCCCACUGGUCUUCAAGUACAUCCUGGCCACCACGACAGAAGAUGCAAACACCGUGAGUGCUAGGAGCUUCUGA